AUGGUGCAGCGCACGUACGACCAGUACGCGGACGACCAGUACGCGGACGACAACGGCGUCAUGACGAGCAAGGCGCUGCUUAAGUUCUUCCAGGAGUUCCAGCAGGACAAGGUGCGCGCCUGCUGGGGGGGACAAGGUGCGCGCCUGCUGGGGGGGACAAGGUGCGCGCCUGCUGGGGGGGACAAGGUGCGCUCCUGGUGGGGUGAAAAGCUGCGCGGGUGCGGGGGGGCAAGUUCCUCCACGUCUUUUGAGAAUUCUGGAGCGACUUUUGAGAAGUUCCUCCUCGUGCUGCUCGCCCCUCUGCUCACGCCCGCCCUCGCCCACCGGAAAGGGAGCAUGGCGGGUGAGUCAUGCAUGGCGGGUGAGUCAUGCAUGGCGGGUGAGUCAUGCACGGGGGGUGAGUCAUGCACGGGGGGUGAGUCAUGCACGGGGGGUGAGUCAUGCACGGGGGGUGAGUCAUGCACGGGGGGUGAGUCAUGCACGGGGGGUGAGUCAUGCACGGGGGGUGAGUCAUGCACGGGGGGUGAGUCAUGCACGGGGGGUGAGUCAUGCACGGGGGGUGAGUCAUGCACGGGGGGUGAGUCAUGCACGGGGGGUGAGUCAUGCACGGGGGGUGAGUCAUGCACGGGGGGUGAGUCAUGCACGGGGGGUGAGUCAUGCACGGGGGGUGAGUCAUGCACGGGGGGUGAGUCAUGCACGGGGGGUGAGUCAUGCACGGGGGGUGAGUCAUGCACGGGGGGUGAGUCAUGCACGGGGGGUGAGUCAUGCACGGGGGGUGAGUCAUGCACGGGGAGUCAUGCACGGGGGUGA